AUGAGGCCCGGUGCGAUCAAGCAGCGCGAUGUAGCGCCCGUGCAGACGUUUGCCAAGGCCGCUGCCAAGUGCUCUGCCGAGGCGCGUAUCUACGGCCAGUGCGUCACGGCCAACUACGAGAAUAUCGAGCGCAACAUGUGCUCAAAGGAGUUCCUCGCUUUCAAGGCGUGCGUUCAGCAAAAGCUCGGCCGCAAGUGGUGA